AUGAUUCGCAACGGACAGAUUUGGGCGGGACGGUGUUCCGCGGUGAUUCGCGAAGGAGCGUCGGGCGAGCGGCGAUGUGGACGAGCGCGGCGCACGCGCGACGCCAUUCCGAGCUCCGCAACCGCGCCGGCCGCUCGCGACAACUUCGCUCGCGACAACUUCGCGCGCGACAACUUCGCCCGCCAAAGUUGUGCCGGUCGUCGUGUGACGAAAGACGCGGAUGGCGCCGACGCUGUGCAGGGCGGUGCGGCGCUGAGCGAUGCUCUGGCCGUGCGUCCCGUUUGCGCGAUGAGCGCGCGUCGCACGAGACUACGGCACGCGGAGCUCCUCGCGCGCCUCAUGCUGCCCCUCGUGCUCAGUUUGACGCAGGCACAAUUGGAGCGUGCGGUCGUUGUGGACCGAUUGGAGAACGUUACACACACCGUGUCCAGAAUUUUGGAUGGUUACGAUAUACGCCUACGUCCCAACUUUGGUGGCGAUCCGCUUUACGUCGGCAUGGAUUUAACUAUCGCCAGUUUCGACGCAAUUUCUGAGGUCAACAUGGAUUAUACUAUAACUCUUUAUCUUAACCAGUACUGGAAGGACGAAAGACUGGCCUUUGGACUGUCAGACGAAGUUCUAACUUUGUCUGGCGACUUUGCUGAUAAAAUUUGGGUGCCAGACACAUUCUUUGCUAACGACAAGAAUAGCUUUUUGCACGACGUCACCGAACGCAACAAACUGGUGCGUUUGGGCGGUGAGGGCAGUAUCACAUACGGAAUGCGCUUCACCGCGACCCUCGCCUGCAUGAUGGAUCUCCAUUACUACCCGCUGGACAGCCAGAACUGCACCGUCGAAAUUGAAAAUGGCUACACUGUGUCCGAUGUUGUAAUGUACUGGAAAGAGACGCCAGUUAGGGGUGUCGAGGAUGCUGAGUUACCGCAGUUCACCGUGCUUGGUCAUGAGACUAAUGACAGAAAGGAAAAGUUGGCGACGGGCGUCUAUCAACGCUUAUCCCUAAGUUUCAAACUACGCCGGAAUAUAGGCUACUUUGUCUUCCAAACUUAUUUACCGAGCAUAUUAAUAGUGAUGCUCUCAUGGGUGUCCUUUUGGAUUAACCACGAGGCUACAUCGGCUAGAGUUGCCCUUGGUAUAACCACGGUCCUGACAAUGACAACUAUAAGCACUGGAGUGCGAAGCAGCUUGCCACGCAUUUCCUAUGUGAAGGCUAUCGACAUUUACCUGGUGAUGUGUUUCGUAUUCGUGUUUGCCGCCCUCCUCGAGUAUGCUGCAGUCAACUACACGUACUGGGGGGCGCGUGCGCGGAAAAGGGCCAAGUUAAAGAACCGCGACCAGAUAUCAUCGAGCACUAGCGUAGAGAAAGACCUUAAAUGUUCCUCUGGCUCGCAUAGUAACGAGGAGAUCAUAGCACUGCGUGAGUGCUCCAGUGCAGGCCGGGUGUCUCCGUUGCUAGGGCUGCGGACAAGGCCCCUGCCACCUCUGGCAGGUGCCCCGCCCUCCCUGCGACUGCAACGAGACCAUACGCACCUACGUUACCGGACGCGGCCUCAUUCUAGGAACUCUAGGAAUGGAACUAGUGGCAGACCGAAGGUGAUGCAUGCUCUUCGACGCAGCGCCACCGUCAUCAAAGCCUCAAUGCCUAAGAUCAGAGAUAUUGUAGAGCCCGGGGGUGGGAGGUCUCCAUUCAUCGACGAGCGCAGACUGCGCGGGGGAGCAAAGGUUCCAGAUUGCCUAGUACCCAGCGAGGCGAUCGUCGGGAGCACAUCUCUUAACUGGCUCCGCGAAUCCGGCACAGUUUGGCCCAAAAAAAUUGCACUUUCCGGACAAAUAACGUUGAAUGUAGAAAAUUAUCCAGGCAAUGUAAGUGGAAGCCAUGCUGCAGCAACGACGAGUUCCAUCGCGGAAAAUCGCGCAUAUCACCUAAGUCUUUUUGAGUCCCGGUGCUUUAAGAUCUACUCUACAAUGUCGCCGUUAACACUCUGGGUCACCUAUUCCACCAUUUUAUGCUUACCUGUGCUAGCCGAAGAACUGUUCCCGUUGCCUCCACCGCGACCUGCUAAUACCACAGCUGAUCCGGCGGACACGCGCUCUGUGGGCCGUGUGCCGCCCUACCAGCCGCCCGCAAUCGGCGUGGUCCCAGCACAGAUCCAACCACCCGGCUUCAGACCCCACAGUCCUUACACGCGUGUUGACUCGUGGCACCAUCGCCAAUUGGGACAUGAAUCGGUUGUCGUAUCUGAAGAUCUGGAUGACGAUUUAGAUGAUGGUGGUUGUCAUCAUCCGUGUCCCCCUGAACACUUUUCAUGUCAGAUCUCUUGUACUUGCAUACCGAUGGAGAAGCGAUGUGACGGCAUCGCCGAAUGCGCCGAAGCGGAGGAUGAGCAAGGUUGCUCGCGCGCCUGCGAGGAAACCGACAACCGCACCAUAUGCCACAAUACCAACGUCUGCAUAUCCCUGCACUGGAUCUGCGACGGGGACAACGACUGCGGUGAUUUCUCCGACGAAACCCAUUGCGAUGGUAACGCUAACUGCACGGACGGCCAGUUCCAAUGCGCGAACGGAUUGUGCAUCCAUAAGGAAUGGUUUUGCGACGGUGAUGACGAUUGCCGCGACAACUCCGACGAGAUGAACUGUCCCAAGGGCAAAUGCGGAAAGAAACAGUUCACAUGUGCUUCUGGCGAGUGCCUCGCCGCACACUGGCGUUGUGACAAGGAGCCUGACUGCCCCGACAACUCGGACGAAAUGGACUGCCCACUGGACUUUCUGCAAUGCAGCGAUAAUGAGAUACAGUGUAACAACAAAAACUGCGUGAGGAAGGAGUUCCAGUGUGACAAGGAUAACGACUGCGGCGAUUGGACCGAUGAAGACUCUUGUCCCAUAGUGCAAAGCAGUUGCAGCCCUGGAGAGUUCAAAUGCGGUGACGGUAAAUGCAUCCCUGACCGAUGGCGUUGCGACGCGGAGCGAGACUGCGCUGCCGGUGACGACGAGAUGAAUUGCGAGCCGUACGGCAUCAGAAACUGCACCUCCGACGAACAUUCCUGCAUCGACCGACGUUGUAUCCUGAAAACGUGGCUGUGCGACGGUGUACGCGACUGUACCAAUGGCGAGGACGAGACCGAUUGCGAAGUGAGCUGCGAUCAGGAUCAGUACAUGUGCAAAUCUCUGUACAACUCGGCGUUUAGGAACUGCGUGAACAGGAAACACGUUUGUGACGGCAUGAAAGACUGCCCGAAAGGAGAUGACGAAGAUAAUUGCCCGACAAAACGUAACUGCGGGCCUGAAGACAAAUGCGAAGGGCAAUGUAUCACAACUUACGACAAUCAUCCGGCUUGCGCCUGCCCACUAGGCUUCUUGCUCGCUGAUAACGGCUUUAGUUGCCAUGACAUCGACGAAUGCAUGUAUCAACAGGAUCCGGUGUGCUCUCAGACAUGUUCCAAUACCAUUGGCAGCUUUGAAUGUGGAUGUAUGACUGGAUAUGUAUUGAGACCUGACAAACGAUCUUGCAAGCCAAUAGGGGAAUCACCUACGCUUUUAUUCUCCAACAGAAUAGGAAUCCGAAAGGUGUGGCUAACCGGUGAAAAUUAUAUGCCGGUACUGAAAGGACUCCACAGUGCAAUCGCUUUGGAUUAUCAUUACGAGCGUAACAUAAUAUUCUGGGCGGAAACCAACUUGAAAGUCAUUAGAGUAGUGGAACUGAGUAGCCAUACAAUAACAGACGUUAUCAAAUGGGGAAUAGAUAUGCCUAGUGGUUUGGCCGUUGACUGGAUACACGAUCUGUUGUUCUGGACUGACUCUGGUACUAGGAGGAUCGAGGUGGCGGCACUAGACGGAACUAGACGAGCGGUGCUGGCGGCUAACGACCUGGACAAGCCAAGGGCUAUAGUUGUGCAUCCCGGUGACGCUUUGGUGUUUUGGACUGAUUGGGGCCCCAACCCGAAAAUAGAGCGGGCAGACAUGGACGGCAAUAAAAGAAGGACUAUUGUAGUGGAUCAGAUUUUCUGGCCCAACGGCCUGACAAUCGACUACAUCGAAUCGAAAAUAUAUUGGGCUGACGCAAAACACCACGUGAUAGAGAGAGCUUCUUUCGAUGGUAGAAACAGAAAAAAGAUAACCAACAAGGGUCUGCCGCACCCGUAUUCACUGACGUUAUUCGAAGAUGCACUUUACUGGACCGACUGGCAUACUAAGAGCAUAUCAACUGUGAACAAGAAUACAGGAAAGGGGAUCCAAACUGUGCACGCCAGCCCUAACGUUCCUAUGGAUAUACACAGUUACCAUCAAAUGCGACAAAUCCGAUCCUAUAGAAAUCGAUGUGGGAAGAAUAAUGGUGGAUGUUCGCACCUGUGCCUUCCUAACAGCAAUAGUUACUCUUGCCGAUGCCCGGCUGGAUUCAAUUUGAAUGCUGAUGGUCGAACCUGUGAGGAAACACCAGAGAAACUCCUGCUAUACGCGCGCAAGAAAGACAUUAGGCUCAAACAGCUGAAUCCUCGCAAGCAAAUAGACUCUUUGGACGCUGUAAUUCCGGUGGAAAACAUAAAAUCGGCGGUUGCUUUGGAUUGGGAUCACAAUACCAAUUCGAUUUUCUGGUCGGACGUUGAGAAAGAUACCAUUAAUCGCGCGUACUUAGAUGGCUCCGGUCAAACUGUUCUUAUUUCGUCAAAUCUAAUAUCACCAGCCGGCUUAGCCUAUGAUUGGCUGACGGACAAGUUAUAUUGGACAGAUGCUGGAACAAACAGGAUUGAAGUUUCAAAUGCUAAUGGUACCAUGCGGACACUCCUUGCCUGGCAAAACAUAGAUAAGCCAAGAGACAUAGUACUAGAUCCUAAAGGGGGGACCAUGUACUGGUCGGAUUGGGGUCAAAACCCUUGCAUAGAACGAGCCGAUAUGGACGGCGGCAAUCGGAGACGGUUCCUUUUCGGCGCCAUGACGUGGCCCAACGGAUUGGCCCUGGACCUAGAGAAUAAUCGCAUCUAUUGGACCGACGGCGGCAACCGUACCAUAGAGUACGCCAAUCUCGACGGAACCGGCCGUAAAACGCUAAUAGCUCAACAUCUACCUCACCCGUUCGGCUUGGAUUUGUACGGCGACGAGGUUCUAUGGACCGAUUGGGAUACAAAGUCGAUCCAGGCGGCCAAUAAGGAUACGGGUAAAAAUCGCCGUACCCUCGGCGCUGGCAUUGAUGGUCUGAUGGAUGUAAGGGUGUUCCAUAACGAUAGAAGGAAGGUCCCUAACCGGUGCGCGAAGAACAACGGGGGCUGUUCCCACCUGUGUCUUUUGAAACCCGGUGGACGCUCUUGUGCUUGUCCCACUGGAAUCAAAUUGCGUAAAGACGGCAGAACAUGUGCUGAAGGACCCGAAAACUAUUUAGUUUUCGCCCAUCGCGUCGACAUACGGAUAGUGUCUUUAGAUGUCCCAUACCUUGUUGACGUCGUAAUGCCGCUACCUCCGCUGAAAAACGCUUUAGGCGUAGACGUUGAUCAGAAAACUGGAUUGAUCUAUUGGAGUGACACAGGCGUAAGAAAGAUACAGCGUUCUAAGACAAAUGGUGAGAAUGUUGAAACAGUAUUUGAGCACGGGCUGCACACGUGCGACGGUAUCGCUAUUGAUUCUACGGGAAGAAAGAUUUACUGGACGGAUGGUGGAAGGAACAGCAUUGAAGUCGCCGAACUAGAUGGAUCUCGCAGAAAAGUCCUCAUAUGGACUGGACUAGACUCCCCUCGAGCGAUCGCGUUGUAUUACGAAAGGGGCAUCAUGUUCUGGUCUGAUUGGGGGACAACAGCCAAGAUCGAGAGGGCAGACAUGGAUGGCAAUAACAGGGGCGUAAUCGUGCAAGAUAAUAUCAAGUGGCCCAAUGGCUUAGCAAUUGAUAAGAACGGUGGUCGUCUAUAUUGGAACGACGCUAAACUUCUCACUAUAGAAAGUUCGGAUUUCAACGGCCAUGACCGACGUAUUUUAAAGAAAGACGUACCCUAUCCUUACGGAAUUGUCAUAGUGGAUCAAUAUAUCUUCUGGACAGAUUGGAAGACAAAAGCUCUACAUAGAGCUAAUAAGACCAACGGAGAGGAUCAAAUUGUAAUCAGAGAAAAUUUGGAGGGGCUCAUGGAUAUUAAACUUGUUAAAAACGGCGACGUGAAAAUUAACGCGUGCGGUAACAACAACGGCGGCUGUUCCCACCUCUGCCUGAGGGCACCCCGCGGCUACACGUGCGCGUGUCCAACGGGCACGGUGUUCGAGAACGCAACAGACCCCAAUCCUAAAAUCUGCAAGCCCUACCCCGACACUUUCCUGGUGUUCGCGUCAAGAACGUCGAUGACGAUGAUCUCGUUAGACACCCCGGAGCACUGGGACAUCACGCUGCCCGUGAAAAACGUGUCGAACUCCGUAGCCGUCGAUUUCCACUGGGAGGAGAGGGUCCUGUUCUUCUCGGACGUCGGCCAUGACGUCGUAAGAUCGAUUGAUAUGAGAAAUAUGAGUGAAGCUAGAGUUGUGGUCAGUGGCCGCCUAGACACACCGAACGGUUUAGGCGUGGACUGGAUAGCCAAUAAUAUUUAUUGGACCGAUAACGACUUUAAGGUUAUAGAAGUUGCCCGAUUGGAUGGAUCCUGCAGGAAAAUUCUAAUCAGUGAAUUAACUGAGCCUCGAGCACUUACGCUGUUUCCAGCGAAAGGUUACCUGUAUUGGAGCGACUGGGGUGAGAGUCCAAAUAUCGAAAGGUCUAUGCUUGAUGGUAGCCAAAGAAAAGUCAUUGUCAGUCAUGACCUAGGCUUUCCUAACGGCCUGACAAUCGACUAUAAAGACCGAAGGCUAUACUGGACCGACGCCUUGAAAGAUAGAAUAGAUACCUCGGACUUAAACGGUCAACAUAGAGUGCAAUUGGUACCUAAUGCGAAAAAUCCCUUUGGCUUGACGCAGAUCAACGAUUACAUUUACUGGACUGAUUGGUACUCGAAAUCGGUGAUGAGGGCCGAUAAAAAGACCGGAAAGAACGUAACGGCGAUCAGGUCAGAUCUAGAAAUGGCGAUGGAAAUCAAAGUGGUAUCCGCAGAAAAACAACGCGGCUGGAACCCGUGCAAGGAAGACAAUGGGGGUUGUUCGCAUCUGUGCCUUUUCAGAGGCCAUGACUAUGUCUGCGCUUGUCCAGAUCUACCCGACAACCAGUUAUGUUCGACAGAUCCGACGUUACGUGUCGACUUGAAAAUCCCAUCGCAUUAUCCAUCCUACUACGAUUACAUGGACACCGAAGUGGCGAACAUCCCACCGAAGCCCACUCCAGCACCGGAAAAGAGCAUCGGCGCUAUGAUCAUUGGCGUAAUACUUAUAGCCUGCGUUAUUCUCGGCGUGUUGACCAUCAUAUUCAUUUGUCUUAAACUGCACACCGAUCGAGGGGGAGAGGUGAAAGAGAACUACCGAGAAGCGGGCGGUCAUAUCUCCUUCCACAAUCCGAACUACAACUGCGCGGGGAGCACCAGCGGCCAAGAUCAAGCCGAAAGACGACAAAACAGAUUCCAAGGAAUCUUCAAAUACGACAAGAGUCAGGAACGUGUAACCAACGUUUACAUUCCGGAGGGAACCAGCCUUCUCCCGCCGCCGCCACCUCCCCCCAAAGGCCUCAAGAAACCGCGUCCGACGCACGAGGACUUCGAACCGGUCACCUUGCACACGUUCGCU